AUGUACUCCCGAGGACAUCGCCAGUUCUAUAUCGAGGAGCUUGCUCAAUUACGAGAAGGAACUUUUGUUAUUCCUCAUAACUGGAUUAUACGCCAUGGAGAACUUCAUGCUGAUUGCAGUGAAGCUUUUUUUACUCCAGAGGGAUGGAUAAUCUCAUCAACAACGUCUUCUAUUGCAGCUUCAGACUUUGAGUCUAAUUAUGAGGAUCUGAUAGUGAGAAUGGGAGAUGCAUCUAUCCCAUGGAAAGACCCGACAACAGUACAAGAAAUGCCUAAUCCUCUCCGUGCGCUUGCACAAGGAGAUGACCUAUACAUUGUCAUGAUGCCAGUUUGGGCUGACGACGUCUCAGGAAAUAAGUCUAAGCAAUACAACAAGCAUAUCAAUCUCUACAUGGUAAAUUCCUGCCUUCCGGGACAGUUGCUCCAACAGGAAUAUUUCAUUCGAUUUGUAUCAACAUCACCACACGCAACAUCUCCCGAGCAGUUCUCUGCAUUGAGGGACCAAGUACGGGACACAGAAAUCAAUCCUGUGUGCUGCUUUAAUGCACAUACCAAACGACAUUGCCGCUUUAUUCUCCGUGUGCCUGCAUUACCAGCCGAUAAUCCGCAGCAGUCUGAAGAAGCAUCUCAUAUUGGCGGCAAUGGGAAUAUGGGCUGUCGCAAGUGUUAUGCAGGAGGUUCACAUGAUAACACAGAAUCUGAUGAAGGUUAUCAUGAUUUGCAUUAUGAGGGUGUUUUUCGCAGUGCUCAAGGCAUACGUGAGGAGCUAGAGAAGCAGAUUCGUCAAGCCAUGCAUGGAGUCGAGAAAAUGGUGACCGAAAUGCAAACAGCGACCGGGAUCAAGGAUAAGGUUGCUCAGCACUGGAUCGAACAAUUACUGGCUAAAGCAAAAGAAAUGAAGCAUGCAGAGCCAGGGCGGUCUCUCGAAUCAGUCGUUGAGGAGCUUCAAAAAUGGUUCGAUGAACAACCAGGCGAUAAGAUUAAUCCAUUACUUGAUAUUGCUGGAUUGGACCCGUCUCAGGAUACACCCGUUGAGAUCCUACAUACCAUCCUUCUCGGAAUCAUCAAGUACAUCUGGCAUAUGUUGCAUACCUCCAUGUCUGAUGCCCAGCGGGACCUGUUUGCGGUUCGACUGCAGGCAACAGAUAUUGAUGGGCUGACAGUUCCUCCUAUACGAGCUGCAUAUAUGAUGCAGUACCGAAACAAUUUGAUCGGAAAGCACUUCAAAACGCUCAUGCAAACGAUGGCAUUUCAUGUUCACGACAUUGUCACGCCAGCUCAAUUCAACCUCGUCAAGGCUGCUGGUGCACUGGGUGCGCUUUUAUGGGUUCACGAAAUUGAGAACAUGGAUGAAUACUUGAAAGACCUUGAGACACUCAUCGGGAAUGUCCUCGAUGCCUUUGGCGAUGUCGAACCCUCUAAAAUCCUGAUCAAAGUCAAGCUACACCUUCUUCCCCAUCUCAUCAGUGACAUACGACGGUUUGGACCAGCAAUCCGUAACUCGACUGAGGUCUUUGAGUGCUAUAAUGCCAUAUUCCGACUGUGCUCAAUAUACAGUAACCAUCAAGCCCCGAGCCGUGACAUUGCCAUCAAGUUUUCUGGCAUGGAUCGUUUGAAACAUCUUAUUAGCGGCGGUUAUUAUUGGUCUAACAGCAGUCAAAGAUGGAUGCAAGCAGGGAAGUCUGUGUUAGGACUCCUUCACUCUGAGCCAGUCAUCCAGAGACAUCUUGGAUGGGUCACGCCUGUCAAGAUAACCCCAGGGCUAAUUCGUAUCAAAUCGAAGAAAAAAGCAGUACCAGUUGAAUGGAGAACGACGAAAGCUUCUUCCCAUUUUUCGGGUUUAGACUCGGAGUGUCCCUUGUCAACCAGCCUUUGGCGCCAUGGGAUAAGUGUGACAGCGCAGAACGGAGAUCGCUGCAGGAUUGGGUCCUGGGUAAUCUAUAACAACGAAGCUGGUGUAUCUGGCAUUGGCCGGAUUGCAGAACUCCUUGUUCAUGAGGCGGAAUCGUCCCUGGGAUCCUUGCUGGUCGCUCUUGAAGUCUUCAUCUUGGGUGACGCUCGGCAUCCCGAUUUUGACUGUCCUGUACUUCGACGAGCAGGCCCCAGCGAUGGAAAUGAAUGUGUCGUUGUCGACACGAAGUCGGUUCAAUUUAUCAUAUCUGUCCAACACGAUUGUCGCCUCAUCGGUUGUCAAGCCUCCCUAUUGCAGCCGCAACUUCAAGAGCGUCAAGUAACAGAACGCACAUCCCGUGCACUUUCUCAUGCUGAUGACGACCACUUUGUGAUCAACACUUUCGGUCUUCACAAUGCCAUUCUUGUGCGAAAAUUCCUACCACGCUCUCUGACUGCGCCAAAGCCACUAUACAUGGACCGACGAUCCCAUCACUUUGAAAUCGCAUCAACACUUCGUACCACUCAGGCAGCCAAGCGUGCCCAGACGCAGGAGAAGCGGAAGGCGACACUAGCUUUGAACAAAGCCAGGAAGGAUGCAGCCGAGGUAGCCGCAAGGAGGACCAUGCUGCCAGAGGCAGAUCAAGAUGACGAGCUUGAACUUAUUCUCGAGGAGGAAGAAAGCAACAAGGACGAUGAAAUUCAACCACAGCGAAAUCGGAAGCGACCCCGAAAAUUAUGA